UGUGUUAAUAGUUUGAGAUUUGAGGCGCAAAUCUCAGCAAAUGAAACGUGAUCUGACGGAGAUGGGGCUCUAGAAGUGCCAAGAUAAACAUGGAUCGGUGGGAGGAGCGUUUAUUGUUGGAAAAUAAAUAAAAAGUGCCGGUGGGUGGUUGUCUGUCAGACAGGCUACCGUUCAGUGGCCGGGAGGACAUGCAAGUGAGCGCUGAAUGAUGCAGGGAAGUGUCCGGGAGGUGACUUGCUCUCUCAGUAACAUGUAACAAGUAUGAAGAUCUGACUGGAUUGUUACUUGAGCUGUGAGCGUGUGUGCGUCAGAUACACGGACAGAUGAGCUGAGCGUGUACCUGCAGGCUGAGAGAGUGUGUGAGCAGCUCAGAGGCAGAUCCUCCGCAGAACACGCCCUGAUAGAAAAGGUAGACACACACACUCACACACAUACACAUACACACACAUACACACACACUCAUAUACUCACUCAGCGUGAUCAGUGAGGAGCCGAGCUGCUUACCUGGAAACAACAGCCCCAAUGCUCCACCACAGGCUCACACCAUCGGACACCUACCAAAUGAAAUCAGGACGAAGGCAUUUCCACAAACUCUGGUUCUUCCCGAGGAGCUUUAUCCACCCCUGCAGCCCGGAACACCUGGAGAUCCCGCGGGACUCGAUAGAGAAAUAAAGCUGCUUGUUGCAACAGCAGAGCAUUCAUCCAGCGGCUGGGUUUAGCACCAUGAGUAGGAAGACACGGCGGUGGAUUUUACAUUUUUUCCUGUGCCUUGGAAUAGUCUAUUUGAAAAUCGGGGGUUUGUCGUCAGUGGUUGCGCUGGGAGCGAGCAUCAUAUGCAAUAAAAUCCCCGGCUUGGCCCCCCGUCAGAGGACUAUCUGUCAGAGCCGACCCGACGCGAUCAUAGUGAUCGGAGAGGGAGUUCAGAUGGGGAUCAAUGAGUGCCAGUUCCAGUUCAGACACGGACGAUGGAACUGCUCGGCCCUGGGAGAGAGGACCGUGUUCGGGAAAGAGCUCAGAGUGGGCAGUAAGGAGGCUGCGUUCACCUAUGCUAUCAUUGCUGCCGGCGUUGCCCAUGCAGUCACUGCGGCCUGCACCCAGGGAAGCCUGAGCGGCUGCAGCUGUGACAAGGAGAAACAGGGUUUCUACAACCAGGAGGAGGGCUGGAAGUGGGGUGGCUGCUCUGCAGACAUACACUACGGCCUGGGCUUCUCCAAAGUGUUUGUGGAUGCACGGGAGAUUAAGCAGAAUGCCAGGACUCUCAUGAAUCUACACAACAAUGAAGUGGGACGCAAGGUCCUGGAAAAAGGCAUGCACCUGGAGUGCAAGUGUCAUGGCGUGUCGGGAUCCUGCACCACUAAGACCUGCUGGACAACGCUGCCCAAGUUUCGCCAGCUGGGAUACAUCCUCAAGGACAAGUACAACCAUGCCGUGCACGUGGAGCCGGUGCGAGCCAGCCGCAACAAGCGCCCAACCUUCCUGAAGAUCAAGAAACCCCACUCCUACCGCAAGCCCAUGGACACAGAGCUGGUCUACAUCGAGAGAUCGCCUAACUACUGCGAGGCCGACGCUCUGACCGGAAGCAUGGGAACGCAGGGCCGCUUGUGCAACAAAACAGCUCAGCAACCCAACAGCUGUGAUCUGAUGUGCUGCGGUCGAGGAUAUAACACACACCAGUACUCGCGCGUUUGGCAGUGCAACUGCAAGUUCCUGUGGUGCUGCUACGUCAAAUGCAACACCUGCAGUGAGAGGACAGAGGUGUAUACCUGUAAAUAGAUAUAUUUAUUGGACAUGUUUUUAGACACACAGCUAGACUGGACUGUUUGCGAGUGUGUGUUGGUGUUAAUGUGUUUCAGAAUAAGGAUUCUCUGUGGCUGAUACAAACAUGUGGAGUGACUGCCUUGCUGCAUUCACAAUCACAACAACUGGUUUCUCCACCUUGUGUUGUUUAUACUGAUGCCAAUGGACAUCUGCCAUGACACUGGACAACCUAUGGGCUCAUAAAUUUUAUUUUUAUCUUUUAAGUUGAACGCCAUUUCAUGCCCCGGGCUUUCUCUGCAGGUCUAGUUUAUUGGCAUGACUCACCUCAAACAGUGGUUGAUUUUUUUCUUUUUCUACAUUAAUAAUUUAUUCUAUGAGAAAACUACUGAUGAUUUUGAGAAUUCACUGUUAACUAAAUCCAGUAAGGUUGGUGUAAGAUGCCUGGCAUUUUAGUUAAAAAAAUCUUCAAGUGCACUUAAAAGCAAAAAGCAUUUUCUUGUGACUAUCCUUUUUUUUUUUGACAAGACUUUAACACUGGAGCUGAAAACUGACACUGAUUUGAGUCUGUCUGAACACAGUAAACCCAGUCCCAACAGUCUGAAAUUACAGCAGGUCAAAACUGAACUCGACUGAAUGACAUACUGUAUUUGGGACCCUGCAGCUUCUGUUCCUAAGCCUAGCAGAAGAACAUUAAACUACUGAUACUGGGCUCGGUAUGAUAGUAUUGUUUCCUUCUUGUUCCUGUCCCACUUGCCCUCCAGUUUGCUGCUAGUUGUCUGGAAAGUCAUGGAGUUUGUGACCGAGCAGCCAUAUUGACUCUUCAAGCUAAUUCAACACCAGCAGGAGCAAACGCAAGCUUCCAGACAUAAAUUCCCCUUAAUGUUGGUUGAUAGAAUAUAUUUUGUAAGAGAUUAUUUUUAUAUAAAUAUUUUUUAUUUAUUUUCUAUCUCAUUAUGUAAGAUAUUCUCCCUCUUUAGCAUUUCUAAAUGUUCAGUCACUGAACUUAGCAAAAGGAAAUGACCCACUGAAACACUGUUUGGAAAAUGUGCCUUGUUCCUCAGUAGCAGAAUAUAAUAAUGUUAUACUGAAAUGUGCAGUAUUGUGAUUUAUUACUUUCAGGAAACAUGAUCCCACCUUAGAGAAUUAAAGUCCUGGCAUCACCUGCAGGCUAGCUGCUGUACCAUUAAUGUUCUGUAACUCAAUGCUAUCUCUGGUAGAGGGUUGCUUUCAUCUGUUUCUCAAAAAGCAAACUGUGUUUUUGGGGUUUAUUGGCAUUAGAAUUUGAACCUUUAUUAAUUUUAACCAAGUUAAACAGGGUUUCAUUUGUUAGCAGACAGAAACUAUUUUCUAACUACAUUUUUAACAGAACUUUACACCUGUGGUACUUUUUUUUUUUUUUUUUUUAACCAGUAAUAUGUCAUUGUAACUGUUGGUUUCUCCCUUAUUUACAAUAUCCAUCCAAAGUCAUCUCUCUUGGCCAUCUUUCCCUCUUUUUAGCUGUGGUUGUCCAAAAAAUGCUGUUUGGUCCUCCCCAUCCACUAAUGUGUUAGCCAUGACUAGCGAAGCCACUCGACUGUUCUCUCCUGUUGAGUUUGAGAUGUUUAAGCCAGAAAAGUCUUAUGGGAAAUGGUGUUUGUUAAAGGCUGCUGAGAACAGAAAUAAUAAAUAAAUAUAUACAAUUAUCAGAUUACAAUUUCCAUCCAUUUACGCAUAUGGAUUGAACAGCAUGACAUACUGUUGACUAUGGCUACAUUUUUAGAAAUUUGCAUUACUUCAAAUGUGAUGCAAAUGAGGUAUUAUUACUUCAAGAAGAACCUAAAGUUAUAGUUUCACUUUGGCUCUCUAUAAGAUUAACUAGUGAUUCACAGAUAUACAGUUUGUGCAAGUCUAUCACUAACACAAAGGGCUGGGUAUCAUAAGAUAUAAAUAUUUUAUGCCUAAUAGACAGUCCAAAGAUGACAGGAAAUGAGGGGCAAGAUAGAUGAGGAAUGAACCUGGAUGUAUAAAGAGAACUGGAUAUGUUGCCGCCACUCAGCCUUGCUGCCAAAUUUUCCAAGUGGUCACUCACAGUAUUGCAGCAAAAAUAUCCUCCGCGGCCUGAAAAGCAUUUUCCCCAUAUACCACCUAUAGACGUCUAUAAAACUGUUGGUAGGACACCUCAAACUGCAAAUAAGGUCAAUUAUGAUGCCUUGUAUUAUGAAUUUUUAAUCCAUGAAGGUUUUAUAAUUGUAAAACUCUUUUCAAGCCUUUUGUGACGUCAUCUUAAUGUAAAGUCUAUGGGCCGGACAGGAACGUGUAGGUGGGGCCAGUUGGAGAAACACUACUGCGCACAUUCAGUGGGCUGCACAAUACGGAAACAAACCCUGAAGCUAGAAAUAUUUUAGUCUUAUGUGCCAGGUGAGCAAUUUUCAUUCGAUUGAAUAGAUGCCUUCUUUGAGUCUGGUAUCCAGUUCCUACAAUACAUCCCAGGGAAUGACAUGCAACAGGUCCUGAGUGGACACAAACCAGGGACAGUUUAUGGUCGGCACCUUAACUCCUAAGUCACCAGAACACCAAGCUGGGUAUCAUAUUUCACGUUUUCUGAUAUGCUGAAAAUAUCAUACCUGAGUUUUGUUACUAAUACAAAAACAAAAAUAAAUAAUGAAUUAAAUUAAAGUUUUGAAGAUAUCUGAUCUAAGCAUAAGUAGAAAAGAUUAAGAAUCUGACUAAGCAUUCAAUCCCAAAUUUCAGUAUUUGACAAGUUUCUACACUUUGUUUUUAAAAAACAUUUCUUUCGGUACUCAAUAAGUACUAAGGUUUGAUACCCAGCCCUAAUGCUUAAAUGUAAAACAAUCAGAGGUACCUUAAAAGGGACACUAGAGACCAGUCUUGAUAGUACAGUAUCAUGAAAGGUUGAUAAUAGAUAGAAGGAGGGUGAAUUACAUGGCUAUUGUUGCAGAGGCCAUGCGUUUUUUCACAGUUUUGUUAUUAUAAAGAGUUUCUAGUGAAGUGCCAGUCAGUACUUACUCAGUCCUCAUUAAAGGUUGUUCUUGUAUGUGACUGAACUUAUAUCACCCAACUGCUGUAGUGCUCUUAAAUCAGAGGUCAUUGUUGACUUGUUUCAUGUAA